UCGCCGCCGCCAUGCCCUGACUGUCGCAAACCGCGCGGGCUGCCUGAACGGGGGCGAGAUGGCGGCUCUGGCGGAGGAGCAGCAGCAGCCGCUGCCGCCGGAGGCGGUGGCGGUGAAGCCGGACCCGGACGCAGGAGCAGCGCCAGCGCCAGCGCCGCCUUCCGCCGCCGAGUCUCCGUCGCCGUCCUCCUCCCCCGCGGCGGCGGCGGCGGCGGCAGGCUCUCUGCCCAGCGACGGGGAGCCCUUGGCGGGAGCCGUGGACGCCAAGCCCCCUCCUCCUCUCCCUCCGGCGAAGGCUCCCAGCCCGGCCCCUCAGGGGCCCACCGACCGGCAGACGCUGCUGGCCGUGCUCCACUUCCUCAGGCGCAGCAACCUCCGCGAGUCCGAGGAGAUCCUCCGCAAGGAAGCCCAGCUGCUGGCCGAGGAAGCGGACGCCGCCGCCGCAGCAGCAGCCUCGGCAGCCCUCGGAGGGGAAGGGGCCGAGGCCGGGGAGCUGCUGCUUCUGGGCUCCGUGUCUUCCGGAGGGGCAGCCUCGGGACCCAACGCCAACGCCGCCGCUGCCAACGCCGCCCCCGCCAAAGUUGGCGUCCUUGUGGAAGAUCAACCAGAUGUGAGUGCAGUGUUGUCUGCCUACAAUCAACAAGGAGACCCAGCACUUUAUGAAGAGUACUACAGUGGACUAAAACAAUUCAUUGAAUGUGCUUUGGACUGUCAUCGAGCGGAGUUAUCACAGCUUUUUUACCCUCUCUUUGUACACAUGUACUUGGAACUAGUCUACAAUGGACAUGAAAAUGAAGCAAAGUCAUUCUUCGAAAAAUUUCAUGGGGAUCAGGAAUGUUAUUACCAAGAUGACUUACGUGUCUUAUCAAGUUUAACCAAAAAAGAGCAUAUGAGAGGAAAUGAGACAAUGCUGGAUUUCCGAACAAGCAAGUUUGUGCUUCGCAUUUCCCGUGACUCUUAUCAGCUCUUGAAAAGACACCUUCAGGAAAAACAGAACAAUCAGAUCUGGAAUAUUGUUCAAGAACAUCUUUACAUUGAUAUUUUUGAUGGAAUGCCUCGCAGUAAACAACAGAUAGAUGCUAUGGUAGGAAGUUUGGCAGGAGAGGCGAAACGAGAGGCUAAUAAAGCAAAGGUCUUUUUUGGCUUAUUGAAAGAGCCAGAAAUUGAGUUUCCUUUGGAUGAUGAAGAUGAAGAGGGGGAAAAUGAGGAGGGAAAACCAAAGAAGAAGAAGCCAAGAAAAGAUAGCACUGGAUCAAAAAGUAAAAAGCAAGACCCAAAUGCUCCUCCUCAGAAUAGAAUCCCCCUUCCUGAGCUGAAGGACUCUGAUAAGCUGGAUAAAAUAAUGAAUAUGAAGGAAGCUACUAAGCGUGUACGUCUUGGUCCUGACUGCUUGCCGUCCAUUUGUUUUUACACAUUCCUUAAUGCAUAUCAGGGCCUGACAGCAGUGGACAUUACAGAUGAUUCUAGCAUGAUUGUUGGAGGCUUUGCUGACUCUACUGUCAGAGUAUGGUCUGUAACACCCAAAAAGCUACGCAGUGUGAAAUCAGCAGCAGAUCUCAGUCUCAUAGAUAAAGAAUCUGAUGACGUUUUAGAAAGGAUCAUGGAUGAAAAAACAGCAAGUGAGUUGAAGAUUUUAUAUGGUCACAGUGGACCUGUCUAUGGUACCAGCUUCAGCCCUGAUAGGAACUACUUGCUGUCAUCUUCAGAGGAUGGCACUAUCCGAUUGUGGAGUCUCUUAACCUUUUCUUGUUUGGUGGGCUACAAAGGACACAACUACCCUGUAUGGGACACACAAUUCUCUCCAUAUGGAUAUUACUUUGUUUCUGGUGGUCAUGACAGAGUGGCUCGUUUGUGGGCUACUGAUCACUACCAGCCUUUACGGAUCUUUGCUGGCCAUCUUGCUGAUGUCACAUGUACACGUUUUCACCCAAACUCAAACUACAUUGCUACAGGCUCGGCAGAUAGAACUGUGCGGCUUUGGGAUGUUCUGAAUGGGAAUUGUGUAAGAAUCUUUACAGGACAUAAGGGACCUAUACAUUCCUUAGCAUUUUCUCCUAAUGGAAAAUUCUUGGCAACGGGGGCAACAGAUGGAAGAGUGCUUCUGUGGGAUAUUGGCCAUGGCUUGAUGGUAGGAGAGUUAAAAGGACAUACAGACACAAUCUAUGCACUCAAAUUCAGUAGAGAUGGAGAGAUCUUAGCCUCAGGGUCAAUGGAUAACACAGUAAAGCUAUGGGAUGCUGUGAAAGCCUUUGAAGACUUAGAAACAGAUGAUUUUACUACUGCCACUGGACAUAUAAACCUGCCUGAAAGCUCUCAGGACUUGUUGUUGGGUACAUACAUGACCAAAUCAACCCCUGUCACACACCUCCAUUUUACCCGCAGAAAUUUGCUUCUUGCUGCUGGCGCAUAUGGUUCUCAGUGACCCACCAAACCUAAGACUUGAUUGCAUAAGCCUUGGAAAGAUGAAAGCCACAGUGAUUAUACAAAUUAACUGAACCUGUGCUGAAGCAAAAAUUGUACACUAUGACCUAAACAACAUUUUCACUGUAUUUAGUCCCUCUGUGCAAACAGUAGAAAGGAAUCAUUGAGGAAGAAAGUUGACAUCUAGUAUGAGAAUACUGCUCAGUCUUGUUCAAAAAUGGCAAUGGGCACUGCAAAAGUACUGCGCAGGUUGCUCUGGGGAAGUGUAUGAAUAACUCUGUAAAAGCACUUAAUUUGACAAUAGUACAAGUUUGACCAGUACACCAAGAUUUCCUUAUCAGUAAGAUUUAUUUCUAAAAGUUAUAGAAGAGUGGAAUUUUUGUAUAGCACUAUGUGGUCUAUUUACAGGGAAGACAGGAGGCCAGAAAUUUUAUUAGAUUAUGUAAGAAACCUAAUUUGAAAGACAAAGGGCAUGGAUUGAACAAAUGGAUAAAGCUGAAACUGGCUGAAAUUUGAGUGCUGUUUUAAGAGGACUUUAACCAUAAUUAUUUCAAAAAUUUUAAAUGAAGAAGCCAGCCCCUUAGUACAGAAUUAAAAUUCCUUAUUACCCCAGGAUCCCAGACCUUUUUUCUUCAGGUACAGCCAGGAAACAAUACCUUUUCCAUAAUGGCAAGGUCAGUAACUUUCAUUAAUGUUUUCAAUGAAACACUGUCGCAGCUAUAUAGUAAUUAUUGAAAUUUAGAGGAAAUCAAAUGUAAAAAAUCCUGCAGUGUCUUUGCAUUUUGUACAGUUUUAUACUUUUGAUAUUUUAUAAUAAAAAUUAUGUUGUAAAUAUCUUUCCA